GCUCCAGCAGCUCCGAUGACGCGUCCACCUCCACUGAUGUCCAGGCCAACGUUCCCACCACCUGGUCUGGAACGUCGUGAUGUCAAGGAAGAAGAAAAAGAUCGAUCGGAUCGUGAUCGAGGACGUGAACGUGAAAGGGAUCGUGAUUCGGACAGUGAGGAUGAAGAUUACAGCAGUAGCCGAAGGCGAUAUCGGCGGCGCUCCAGGUCAUACAGUCCACGAUCUUCAAGACGUCAUCGUGAUGAUCGCGAUCGGGAUCGUGAUUCGGAUAGAUAUCGUGAGAAGGAGCGUGACCGAGAAUCACGCUCCAGACGUCAUCGUUCACGUAGCAGUUCUCCGUAUGAAAGCUCACGGAGUUCACGGAGAAAGGAAGAUCGGGACAGGGACAGAGAAAAGAGGCGCAGGAAAGAGGAUUCGGGAACCCGAAUAAAGGAAGAAAUUGUUGAUGAUAAAGAAAGUGAUAAAAAGGAAGAACGAGCUGAUCGAGAAAAAGACCGAGAGAAGGACCGGGAAAGGAAAAGAAGGCGUCACAGAAGUGAUGAUGAAAGUCCGGAGAAACGCGACAAAGAAAAGGACAAGGAGAAGAAAAAGAUCAAGAUCAAAGAGGAGCCGUCAACUUAA